AUGAGUAGUCUCAGGGCUGAGAGGGCUGGGUGGCAGCGUGUGGUCCAGGCCAUGAACGCAAAUGGGGCGCAUCCUUCACGUGUCUUCCCGGACUACAUCUUGGUCGAUCAGGAAGAAUUCAGGAGGGCAGAGGAUCGCUUCUGGGAGCCUAGUCGUCCAACGACAUCUAUCAUGUACCGGGCACAUGUCACUGCACAAGGUCAGAUCUUUUGCACCGAGAGGCUGUACCAAUGGCUUGAAAGCGUACCGGGCCAGCCUGAAGUUUGCCUUACGCCCCGUCCUGACCCCCCCUCUGUACCGCGAUCCGACAGCAUCAGACCUAGAGCAGUGUCUGCACCAGUACAGACACCUCCUGGACUUCCUGCUCCUGGAUUAGGCACCGAUCCAUCCCUUUCAAGUUUCUUUCUUCAGCAUCCCAACCCACUGGCUCAGCACCCGAUAAGGCUCGAACGGUGUGAUUUGCAGCUUCAAGAAGUCCAUUCCGAGCUUGAAGAAGCCUCUCUGCAGCUUGGAGCAACAUCACAGCUCGGGUCAACAUCGCAGCUCGGGUCAACAUCACAGCUCGGGCAGCUUGAAGAAGUUCACUCGCAGCUUGAAGGAGCCCAUUUCCAACCAAAGAUUCCUCAGAGGAAAUCUUCCUUGUACUUCACCUCACAUCCGGCAUCGCAGGCUCAACAGCCCACCCAGUUUGGUAAUCUCUUCCGAGGACUUGACCAGACUCAGAUUGGUCAGAUUGAGGCAUCCGAAGGGCAACAAGCUCGAUCACCAGGAGAAACACAAGAAAACGGAAGCGUUGCUGCGUCUCAGGCCAAUUGCGAAUCUAAGAUGGAUAACCUGACUCUCUCUUCGAAGAAACGUCAUACUGUCCAAUUUGGCAGUAUGCUCGACGAACUCAGAGAGCAUCUGCCCAUUGGUAGCCCGCAUUAUGAUGGUGGCGGCGCUCAGAGCGCUACUAUGGCUACUGAGAACGAGUCUGAGAAGCGCCCGACCAGCGUUUUUGGUUCCAUUCGAAAACGACUGUCCACGCCUGCAUACUCCGAUGGAGGCAGGAAAAGCUCUGCCUCAGUCGUGUUGAAAGACAUCAGCAAGUCUUCCAAGGCCUUCUUCGAGAAGCUGACCGCGGAAAAGCACGAGGAGUAUCGUAUUCAUGUCGCCUUUAUUGGCGACCCGCACUGUGGCAAGGCGACCUUGCUUGAUCGUUACACUCUGGGAGCCUAUACCGACGGCACUGCUUACCAGCCACACGAGAGUUCCGUCCGUGUGCAGCUCACUGGUCCACUGAUUGUUGACAACUUCACGGCCCGCGCAGACAUCUGGGACAUUGCCCAUCGAAAUGUUCAGACAGGCCAGAAACACCCUCUCUCGAUGGCUAAGUACGACGUGAUCGUCAUCUGCUUUGACAUCGCAGACCAGCGCAACCUAGAAUCUGUUGCCAAGGUGAAGUGGCGCCUUGAGAUCCAGCGAUACUGCCCUGAUAUUCCCUCUAUCCUCCUCGGCCUGAAGAGCGACCUGCGUCCAGACUUCCCAACCCUCAGGCUUGGCUUUCUAGACGAGUCGACUGCGUCCACCGUCGGACAGGGAGAGGAGGCUGCACGAAAGAACAAUGCGUCGGCCUAUUAUGAGUGCUCCGCUAACACCGGCGAGGGCGUCACGGAGUUCUUCGAGUGUCUAGCUCGCUUCUCGGUUCAGUCUAUUCGGAAGCAAAACAAACUCCAGCAGAAAGCCAACCGGAGGUUUUCCGACGUUUUCCACAAGGACUAG